UCUAGCCCUCAACCAUCACCAUCCAACCCCUCCAAUUCCCAAAUGUCAAACAAAGAAUCACAGAGGAUUGAAUUUGACAUUUCAAUCAACAGCCAAUCCUCUCCAACAGAUGACAACACAAAAUCCCCUCAACCAGAAGUUCACCACAACCAAGGGAUGGACAUAAUACAGGACUCAUCUCCACGACCAAUGGGCGAGACAGAACUUGAAGGUCCUCGUGACUUUCCCCUGUUAGCAGAACCAGAGAAAGAGCCUCAAGGCACUGAUGCUGCCAUUUCAUCAGUACCAGAAACAACUCAUCCUGAUGCCACAACCACAGCUGAACAAGGCCAACCGUCUGCGUGCACGUUAUCAGGACAGGUACUACCAUUUCCAACCUCAUCCUAUUUACUCUUUAUUACUUGCAAGCAUAUAUUCUCACCAAACUAUUAAUGUUCACAGGCCGUCGGUCCAUGCCAGGAUAUUUGGGCCGAACUUUCUAUUCUUCAACAAGAUCUGGACGAAAUAUCCUCAUUGCCUCAAACGCUACAUCUGUUUGAUGCUGAAACUCAACAAACCUUAACCACCUUCAUCAACCUCAUUAACACCCCAGUUGAAGAAAUCAUUCUCCACAAACCUGAUGAAACCUUGGCCUGUCUUUCUGCUGUUGUAAACCUCUCCCCUAAUCCUUUCAA